UACAGAAGUAUGGACAUGUCUCGCAGUUUGAUAGCUGGUCUGGUGUUGCUGCUCUCAGUCACCUCAGUGGUUGGCACAGGAGAUGCUAACUCUACUGAGUGUGUGAGUCAGCAGGAGCUGGCCGCUGUGAAGGCAGAGCUGGAGAAUAACGUGGACAAGCUACACUCACAGAUCAACUACUGGCAAGGGGUGACUGUCAACAACAUUCUUCAGGACCACUGCAAAACAGUAACAAGCUCUUCUGAAACCUCUCCUGGAUGUAGUGGGGCAUUCACCAACCCAGCUGUGAUUGGUGCCUCAGCAGCUCUUCUUGUUGUGAUUAUUGUUCUUAUAACAGUCGUCGUCAUACAAUGUGUACUCCUCGUUAAAAAGAAGAGGAACGCUGAGACCCAUGUGGCUACCACUAGUGGGACGAGUAGCACUGCUCACAGUGAGACGUAUCCAAUGGACGCAACGACCAGCAAAAGUGACUAUGUCACACUCAAUGAGGCUUAUGGAGUAAACAAGUAAUACAUGUAUAUACCACUCCCAAGUAAAUGAGCAAUUAUGAGCGACUGAAAAACUAAGGAUUGUGUAUUUCAUGCCGUGUAUUCUGGUGUGGUUGUUUCAUUUUGUCAUAAUUAACCUCUCAUUAGUGAUUUAUAAAUUUUGCCAAGUGAGGCACCA